CAGAUAACCUCAACUUAGCGCACAUCAAAGUCGAAACGUCAUCUCCAAUUUCGUCAAUUUUCUGCACGGGUAUCACAUUCAUAGAAAUUGUUGAACAGAUUGAAUUGAAUUUACAUGUACAAACCCCAAUUAAAGAUGAUUUCAAGUGUGCGCUCUUCUCACGUGCCAUCAUUGACAUUUUCAUAUUACUAACAUUUCAUCGAUUGAAGACAUCUUCAGUGAACCGACUUUGACAGCAUAAGCAAAUAGCUGAAUCUAAUAUGAGCAAACGUAGAGGUAGUCUCAAUGACGAAAUUGAAGCCAAAGCAAGGAAUAUUGUUGUAGCUGAAGAGGAACAACAGCAUGGGGAUGAAGUCUUUGCAGCUCCAGUCAAUGAACUACUACCACCCAUAUUCAAUCUCAUCGUCGAUUGCUGUUUCGCAAUUUUUGAUUGGCUGCCAUUGGACGAUCUACAUUCAUUUGGUCAAACAUGCAAAUGGGCGCAACAAGUGGCCGGCACAUAUUUCCAAACGAACUUUUCAUCAACUACAAUUUCUAGUUACCGGAAAGAUGGGUUUCAAGUAGAUUAUUUUGGUGUGCUACAUAAUAGUUUUUAUACACGCCAUUCCACUAAUGUCAACAGUUUCAGCCGAUUCUUUCGAGAAUUGAUGAUUCCAGAAAGUUACAUAUUACCAUUUCAAAAUGUUGAAGCAAACUGUGGUGCUUCAAUCAAGCAUAUUACUUUGAGGUUAUACCUAUCACCACUAAAAAUCAAGUGUCUCAAAGGUGUAUUGCAACAAAUUGAAGGCAUUCGACUUCAAAAUUGCUCAAUCGCCGGCGAAUUUCAUGACAAGUUCCUUAGGUUUUGUAAAAAUCUAAGAGGUUUAUGCGUGUCAGACAUUACAGGACGAAUGAUGGGUAAUGGGAAUGAUUGGCUGUUACGCAAGUACCCGACUCUUGAGCAUUUUGGAUUGGCGACGGGUGCAGUCAAAAUUGACGAAUUGAAAGUGUUUUUCGAACAGAAUCCAAAUAUUCGAAGCUUUGAGACUCGAGCGGAUUUUCUGUGGGCAAAUAAGGAGAUGUUCAUGGCAGCCAAUGCAAUGCAGUUGGACACAUUGACAAUAUUCGCAAACUAUUGUAACAAGAAAAAACACUCACUUUACAAUCUUCUGAAUAAACUUCACGAAAAUGGCUUCUAUAAGCAGCUACGUUUACAAUUGGACAGUGAAACAGAGCUAGAGCAUUUGAUUUCAUUGCGAGGACUUCAGAAGCUAAUGCUUAAUGAGUCGAUUGAAAGAGCUGAUGCAUUGAGAACUCCUUUCGUCAACCUUAGAGCUAUUUAUUUAGGAUACAAUUCCAAAACUGAUGUGUUGGAUGCAGAAAAGCUGGCACGAAAUCUUGUGAACAUUGAACAAGUCAACAUAAGAUAUGUAUCUAUCGAGAACAUCAUACCAUUUAUACGGCAUUGUGCCAAACUUAGAACAAUCAAAGCCGGUAGUUUCACCGAUUCCUCGAAAAAGCUCAGUUCAGUCUUCAAGAGUUGGAAUCGAGAACGCGAAAAAUUAUCCGGAGCAACCAUAGUCACGGUUCAUGUGCAUGAAAAGGAUUUUUUGGAAGUGAAAUGGACGAGGUCAAACAUCAGCUACAGUUUGGUCGAAUUAAAACGACAAAAUACAUUCAACUGGGAACGCGAUUUUUACUACACCAAACCAUUUUAGAGUGAUUGUCAUGUAACGUUCAUUUAUUUUCUCAAACCAAAUUUCGGAAUCCAAAUUAUGUUGAAUUUAUUUGACGAAGAAACUAUUCUUCUAUAAAAACAAGCUUUUGAUGAGAAAUAAAAUUAAAACCAUUUCAUGUUUUCUACAGAAUUCCAAUACACUCUAUUUUCGUCACGAUAUUUCUGCUUUGGGAAUUUACUGAACAUUUCAUAAAAUACAUUUAAAUAAAUUGGAAUUUAGAAUUUUUUCUUCAAUAAAGACACAAAAUGGAAUUCUAUUGGA